AUGUCACCAAUCUCUCCACCAAAUUCCGGUUGCCGGAUGUAUGAAGCUCGUUUCCCGGAGGUAAAUACUCCGGUUAUGAUUCAGGUAAAAAAAAUCCUAGAUGUAACAACUCACGUGGCUCUACUCGAAUACAACAACAUUGAAGGUAUAAUUCUGUUAUCGGAUCUCUCGCGAUGCCGUACUCGAAGUGUUGGAAGCUUAGUUCAAGCCGGUCGUAUCGAACCUGCUAUAGUGCUUGAUGAUGAUGCUGAGAAAGGUUAUAUCUAUUUGAGCAAAAAACGGUUAACGAAAAACGAUAUUAAAGUUUGUGAAGAGAGAUAUGCUAAGAGCAAGCUUGUGCACUCGAUUAUGCGUCACGUUUCUAAAACUAUGAAUGUUGAUCUGGAAGAUUUGUACAUCCAUGUUGGCUGGCCUUUAUACCAAAAGUAUGGUCAUGCAUUUGAGGCAUUCAAAUGUAUUGUUAAUGAUCCUGAUUACGUGCUUAAGCCACUGAAUCGCGAACUUAGAGAAAUUGGUGCAGAUGGGAUGGAGGUGACUAAGGUGGUUCCUGCCAUAUCAAAGGAUGUGAAAGAGGCUUUGGUUACAAAGAUUAGAAGACAAAUGACCCCAAAACCAGUAAAUCUAAGUGCAUAUAUUGAGAUGACAUGUUUUGAAUAUGACGGUGUCCUCCACAUUAAGGAAGCCAUGCGAAAAGCUGAAGCGGUUAGCACCAAGGAGUGCCCAGUGAAAAUGAAAUUGGUUGCUGCACCUAUAUAUGUUAUUAUUACUCGGACUCUAGACAAGGAACAAGGGAUCAAAAUUCUUAAUCAAGCGGUUGCUGCUUGCAUGAAUUCAAUAGAGGGGCAUAAAGGCAAACUUACCAAAAAAGAGUCACCUCGAGUAAGUGAACGAGAGAAACUGCUUGCAGAACAAAAGGCUUAUCUUGAACUUCACAACGUAGAGGUUAGUGGUGAUGCAUAUAGUGAGUCUAUAGAUGUUGGACAUUUCGUGAUCAUGUGAUAACAUAUGUGGAUUACAAGAUAGCAUCGGUUAACUUUUGUCCUAGUUCGUGUAAUUGUUGGCGGAUUUGGUUAUAUGUGGUUUUCGUUGUUAGAAUUGUGGAUUUUGCACUUAGCAACAUCAUUGACAUGCGCUGUUAUUGGGUAACAUGGAGUAUGGAGAGAGAGUCGUUUUGGGUUUCAUGAACAGUUUUACUCCCAGUUUGAUUACUUUUAUA